CCAUCCCAUUGCCAUUUUCACAAUUGUACAAAAAUAUUUGCCAUUUUCACAAUAAUACCACUGACACAGUCAAACUCCAACAGUUACAUUCAACCCGUUACACCUGCAUUACAUAGCAGCUAUAGCUAUUAGUAUUAGCUAUUUCCUCUCUCCUCUUCCAAACCAAACUUAACCAAGUUACUCUUUUUUUUUUAUCUUCUCUUCCCUCAUUAAAAGCUGCGUAACGUUUACUGAUCCCAUCUUCUUCCCCGAACCUGCAAUCCACAUCUAACAAUACCAUACCCAUUUCAGCAAAAACACCAAAGCCAACACCUUUUCUGUUUUGGCCCACACCCCACAUGGCUUAGCUAACCCAUUUCAAUUGGGGUUGGUUUGUUGGUUGGCACCGUCGUAACCUUAACCAAAGCCAACACCUUUUUCACUUUCUCUCUCUCUGGUUUUUUUUUUUUUUUUUGAAUCCCUGAACUGAUUUUGCGUUGUGGAGAUGGCGGCAGAAAAGGGUGUUGAGAUGGUGGCAUUGGAGUGUUUGGGAAAAGGGUUCGAUUUGGCCAGCGAUUUUCGGUUGAGGUUCGCAAAGGGAAUUCGUGAAGAGAGGUUGGUGGUGCUUGAUGAACAGAACAAGAGGGAUAUUUUGAUUCCUGGAACUGGAGGAGUUACCAUUAAAGGGGUUUCUGAGAAUAUUCGUUGUGAUAAAGGGGAUAGAAUACGCUUCAAGUCUGAUGUACUUGAAUUCAAUCAGAUGUCUGAGUUGCUUAAUCAGAAAUCAGCAGUGCAAGGGAAAGUUCCUUCUGGCUAUUUUAAUGCGCUCUUUGAUUUGAGUGGGGAUUGGUUUCGUGAUGCUGCUGACACCAAGUACCUUGCUUUUGAUGGGUAUUUCAUUUCACUCUACUAUUUGCACCUCACUGCUUCUCCACUCAUACUGCAAGAGGAGGUAAAGAAGUCUGUUCCGGCUCGGUGGGAUCCGGCUUCGUUGUCUAGGUUCAUCCAGACAUAUGGUACACACAUAAUAGUGGGUAUGGCUGUAGGAGGUCAAGAUUUAAUCUGUGUCAAACAAAAACAUUCUUCAAAGAUUCCUCCUGGUGAUCUCAGAAGACAUUUGGAGGAUCUUGGAGAUUUUUUAUUCUCAGAUGUGAGAAGCCCUUCUUUACUACAGAGGAAGACAGCGGAUGGCAAACAAAAGGUCCCUGAGGUCUUUAACCGUGUGAUGCAAUCAAACACGAUGCAGUUCACUAGUAUUUCAGAAACAUCAAGCAAGGAUGGCCUCACUAUUAUUUGCUCAAAAAGAGGAGGAGAUAUGUUCAAGCACAGCCACUCAAAUUGGCUUCAGACAGUGCCGUCUAACCCUGAAGCAAUCCUCUUCAAGUUUGUUCCUAUUUCCUCACUUCUGACAGGAAUUCCUGGAAGUGGAUAUCUUAGUCAUGCAAUCAAUCUGUAUCUACGCUAUAAGCCUUCUCCUGGAGAUUUACAAUACUUUUUGGAGUUUCAAAUUCCAAGGCAAUGGGCACCUAUGUUUUGCGAGCUGCCUCUCAGGCAUCAGCGUAGAAAGACUGCUUCCCCUUCCCUGCAAUUUAGUUUCAUGGGUCCAAAGCUUCAUAUAAUCUCUACACAGGUGGUAAGUGAACAGAAACCUGUGGUUGGCAUGCGCUUGUACUUGGAGGGCAGGAAAUGUGACAGACUUGCUUUACAUAUAAAUCAUCUUUCAAGCCUCCCAAAUAAAAUGAUCCUCUCGUCAGGAACCUCAACCUCGAGUACACCAUCGAUGUGGCGAGGAUCUGAUGAUAAUGAAUCCAGUGAACAAUUUCUGGAACGUAUCAGAUGGAAGAGAUUCUCAAAUGUGUGCACAGCAGUUGUUAAGCAUGACCCUAACUGGUUGAUUAAUUCUGGAGGUGUUUAUAUUGUAACAGGUGCACAACUCCUUAGCAAAGGGAGCUGGCCAAGGAAUGUGCUUCAUCUACGGCUUCUCUUUACUCAUAUACCCAAUUGCAGUAUCCGGAAGUCAGAGUGGACUGCUGCACCAGAGGCUUCAAGAAAAUCUUUUCUCACAAAUUUGAGCACAACAUUUUCGUUCACUCAGCAUGGCACCACCGGUCCUCCAAAACAGGCUCCAACUGCACUUAACUCUGGAGUUUAUCCAGAUGGUCCUCCUGUGCCAGUUCGCGCCGGUAAACUACUUAAAUACGUGGAGACAGCUGAGGUCGUGCGAGGCCCACAUGAUGCUCCUGGCCAUUGGUUGGUAACAGCUGCUAAGCUUGUGACUGAUGGUGGUAAGAUUGGAUUACAAGUGAAGUUUGCAUUGUUAGAUUAUUGGUGAUUCCAGGCAACUGUUCACUCUAUUCAGGGUAUAUUGGUUGCCAUGUGUUGCUUAAAAUGGUUUUGAAACUAUAGACACUUGUAUAUAUUCUUUCUACAGGCUGUGUACAGUACAAUUACAAAAUGAGUGGCUGUUGAAAUCGGGCAAUAGAAAAUUAAAAUUUGACUAUUCUGUUAAUUCUGGAUAGUGGAUUCAUUUAAAUGUUGAGUUUUUGAAUCUUCAUAGUGAAUUAUGGGGAAAAUGGCAAAACGCAAAUUAAACCA